GUUUAUCCAAUCCUUCAUCAAACCUUAACACUGGGGCAAUUAUUGGAGCCUUGGUGGCAGCACUGAUUGUUUUGAUAACGGUAGUCUUGAUCGUCGCUUGUUUUCUAUAUCGACGAAUAGCUAGAAAAGAAAACACGCAAGACAUCGGUAACAUUCAAAAUGCUGCUUAUGAAGGUGAUACACAACCGGCAGACAGAAGACUGCCAGAGAUACCUUAUUCUGAUACUGAUUAUGUAGUACCAGCGGAAACUGCACAACCAGACAGUUCCAUGAGAGUCCCCGUUGAUGCAAAUGAUCAAAGUUUGGAUAUUGAAGGUUAUGCGCAACUGGAUAAUUGCAAAAGAGUUCCCAUUGAUGCAAAUUAUCAAAGUUUGGAUACAGAAGGUUACGCGCAAUUGGACAGUUCCAAGAGAGUUCCCACUGAUGCAAAUUAUCAAAGCUUAAAUACAGAAGGUUAUGCGCAACUGGAUAGUUCAAUGAGAGUUCCCAUUGAUGCAAAUUAUCAAAGUUUGCAAACCACAGAUCAGAUGCAAAUUGACAGAGAUCUCAAUGAAAAUGUUCACCAGUAUGCUUCAUCAAACAUGGAUAACAAUCCAAGAAACGAAGUUCCUGAAGAAUCUGUGUACGAAGAAUUACCUUAG